AUGAAGGAGAAAAUAAGUUUCGAUCAGCAAGCAGAAUGGUAUAGAAAUGGAUUUCAACGACCAUUACUGCCACAUACAGAUGCGUUCAAACAACGUAACAUAUAUAUUAUGGGACCACCUGGUAGUGGUAAAACAAAUGUCGGACGUGAGCUAGCCCGACUAACGAAAAAGCCUCUUCUUGAUAUUGACGACGAUUGGCUUGAGCCCCGGUGGAACACCAGUGUUGCAUCGAAAUUGUCUGAGCUUGGUGACGAACAGUUCCUUGAAGCGGAAGGUCAAGAAUUAUUAGCCUUAGAUCUUCAAAAUCAUAUUAUAUCGCUAACUGGCUCGAAUCCCUUGCAUAGUCAAUGUAUGAAACAUCUUUCCCAAUCCGGUAUCUUCGUUUAUCUCGAUGUUUCUCGGGAGACAAUCUUGAAUCGCUGUGAAAUCAUGCGUGUUGAUCGUAUCGUUGGACAGCGAACCAAAACAUUGAAUGAUAUACUUACUUGGCGUGAGCAUAUUUAUGAGAGAUCCUAUGAUAUUCGGAUUCUUAUUGGUUUGAAUGAAAUGUCAAAGGACAUAGCAGAGAAAAUCGUCAAACAAUUAGACACUCAGUCUCAAAUGUAUGAAAGCACUCGAAGUGCUCCGCAAAUGAAUAAUCAACAGUUUCUCGAUGUUGUUCAACAAGGACUUGCACCAGAUGGUGGUCUUUUCAUUUCUCGUUCAUUUAACUCAAUGUCGCUUGGUGAAUUACAACGUUUAGUUGGUCUACCUUAUCCUGAAGUGGCACUACGUGUAAUAGAACGAUUUCCUCUCGGUACUCUUCAUCCGUCUCAUUUACGUACACUACUAUGGCAAGCUUAUUCGUCAUUUCCAGAGGAAAUUCUACCUGUGCGUCAUCUACGAAAAAAUCAGUAUUUAAUAGAAACGUUUCACGGGCCGACAGCAUCAUUUAAAGAUUUAAGUCUACAAUUAUUACCUCGUUUAAUGCGAGUUGCAACCGAAUUAACAUCGAAGAAUGAACAAAAACGAACACGUUUAGGUCUACUGGUUGCUACAUCUGGAGAUACAGGUUGUGCAGCACUCGAUGCUUUUGUUCGACUACCCGGUACACCUGUGAUUGUUCUGUAUCCAAAUACCGGUGUUUCGACGGUACAAAAAGCACAAAUGCAAACUGCAACCGGUGAUAUCUGCGUCUUGGGUGUUGACGCUGAUUUUGACUAUUGUCAAACAACCGUGAAGGAACUUUUCAGUGAUCAAAACUUUCUCUCGGAUGUGCAUCGAUUGAUUCCCGAUCUCCAUCUCUCAUCAGCAAAUAGUAUCAAUUGGGCGCGAUUCUUACCCCAAGUUGUAUUUACAAUAAAUUCUUAUUUACAACUUGUGGAACAGAAUAGAAUCAAUUUCGGUGAUUCUAUUGACAUUUGCAUUCCGACAGGAAAUUUUGGCAAUAUGCUUGGCGCUGUCUAUGCUCGAAGAUUAGGUUUACCUAUUCGACAUCUGAUUACCGCAUCGAAUGAAAAUAAUGUUAUUGCUGAUUUCAUUCGAACUGGUUCCUAUGAUCUUCGUCAUCGUUCGUUUCAGAAAACUAUUAGUCCAAGUAUUGAUAUCUUGAUUAGUUCGAAUCUCGAACGUUUUCUCUAUCUAUUAACCGAUGGAAACUAUGAGUUAAUUCAACAACUAUUCAAUAAACUUGCCCAUGAACGCAAUUUUCAAGUGGAUGGAAGCCUGCUUCAACAAAUCCAGUCGGAAAUUCGAGGCGAUUGGACAACGGAAAAGGAAUGCCGAGAUAUGAUCAGAAAAGUUUACUUAGAAACACAACAACUGAUCGAUCCUCACACAGCGGUUGGUGUACAUGUUGCAGAUAAAUUGUUCAAAAGCAGCGACGUACCGAUACUUAUUUCAGCAACUGCUCACUACGGAAAAUUUCCACAAACUAUACUGCAAGCGGUUGGUAACAAUGAACAAGCAUUACUAUCCAAUGAUAUAUCAGCGUUAUUAGCGGAUUUGCAAUCCUUGAAAUCAACGACACCGAUGCAUCAAGAACUGAUGAAAUUACCUAACAAACCGGUUCUGCAUACAACGGCAGUUGAAGCAACAAAAUCAGCUAUUAUCAAAGAAAUUAAAACUUUUUUAGCGAACUUUUCCCAGCAACAUUCAUCAUAG